AACGUUUAGCAGCGGCUGCUGUGAACAAGCCCCUCCUCUGCAGGUGGAUGUGACCACUGGAUAGAGGGUCCAGGCUAUCCGCACUUCAGGAUAACGUUAGAGGACAACGACAACAACACCAUGGGACUGCUGUCUGAUCCAAACAGAAGACGGGCUUUGAUCAACCUGCUGACCCGCCUCAAUGCUCCAAUCUGUGUGGUCUGCUACAUAGCGGGUGUGACCUGGUUCAUGGGCUUAGCGUUUGAGCCUUUCACCCUGCGGACAUACAUGUCGGAGAACGCCAUGGGCUCUACCAUGGUGGAGGAGCGCUUUCCUUCUGGAGAGCGGGCGGUGGCCACGGGCCGGGAGUUUGCUGCUCAUAAGAAGAAAGUGGGUGGGAUGCCAGUGGAGUGGCUGGUGAAGACCAUGCAGGCCCGAGGAAUGGAAGUGUACACUCAGAGGUUCUCUCGCACGCUACCAUUCCCCGAUGAAGACAAAGAGAGAUAUCUGGUGAAAGGCACAAAUGUAUAUGGGAUCCUUCGGGCUCCAAGAGCUCCACGGACCGAAGCCCUGGUGCUGAGUGCUCCCUGCACCCCGGGUGAUAACAACAACCAGGCCGUAGGACUGCUACUGGGCUUGGCUCAGUACUUCAGGAAUCAGGUUUAUUGGGCCAAAGACAUCAUCUUCCUUGUGAAUGAGCAUGAUCUGAUUGGAAUGCAGGCCUGGCUGGAGGGCUACCACCACACCAACACUACAGGUAUGGACUGGUCUCCCUUACAAGGCCGAGGUGGUUCAAUCCAGGCAGCCCUGACCCUGGAGCUCAGCAGUGAUGUUGUCACCAGUUUGGACCUAGUCCUGGAAGGCCUCAACGGUCAGCUGCCCAACCUGGAUUUAGCAAACCUCUUCUACGCCUUCUGUCAGAAGAUAGGGGUCCUGUGCACCAUCCAGGGCAAGCUGCAGAGGAACGACUGGGACAGUGUGUCCGGCUACAGCCAUGCAGUCCAGACCAUGAUGCUGAUGGUGAUGAAGCAGGCCAGUGGGCGGCCCUGGGGAGACCACGGCCUGUUUCUGCGUUACCACAUCGAGGCUGCCACCAUCAAGGGCAUCAACAGUUUCCGCCAGUACAAGACUGACACCACCACCAUCGGCAGGCUGCUGGAAGGAAUGUAUCGUAAGCUGAAUAACCUCCUGGAGCGCCUACACCAGUCCUACUUCUUCUACCUCAUGCCGUCACUCUCUCACUUUGUCUCUAUUGGAUACUACAUGCCAGCCUUCGGCCUGCUUGCAGUUAUCCUCCUGCUUCGUGCCUUAGACCUGUGGGUUCAACUUGCAGCUCCACCACCAAGAACGGAGGACGGAGUCGCUGACGUCGAGCAGCAGUCCAGUCCAGGACCGCUGUCAGUGUUGACCCCUCUGGUGAUCAGCCACCUGACUGGAGUCGCUCUGUACAUGCUGCCGAUUCAGUUUCAGGAGAUGGCUGUCGCGCAGUUCCCAGUGUCAGAGACUGAGGCCGUGGUCCUGACGGCGAUUGCUGUUUACACAUCAGGCCUGGCUUUGCCUCAUAACACAAACAGACUGCUGUCGGGCGAGGGCACCGAGCAGGGCUGGAGAGUGCUCAAACUGGUGGCGCUGCUGUACCUGGCUGUGCUGCUGGGCUGCACCGCCCUCAUCAACUUCUCCUUGGGCUUCAUCUUGGCUCUCACCCUGGUGCCUGCAGCUGCCUUUGUCACACCCCACGUGCCCAAGUUCCUCUCAGCUUUCAUCCUGGUCGUCCUCAGCCCGGCCUUCACGCUCCUCUUUUCGGUCUUCUUCUUCCAAGAGCUGCAGGAAAUGCCUGUCAGCUUCCUAGACGGUUGGUUGUUGUACCUGUCGGUCAUUUCGCAGGGCAUCCUGGAUCACUUCCUGUACGGAUCUCUGGUCUACCCGCUCAUAGCCCUGCUGGUGUACCCGUGCUGGCUGCUUUUCUGGAACAUCCUCUUCUGGAAGUAGCCCACAGAGGGGCUUUCAUGCAUCUGACCGCCCUCUGAGGUGUCCUCAGGUUUGUUUUUAUGGAGAGAAUGUGAAGAAUUAACAGUUUAAUCCACUGGAGGGACUGGAACACAAGAGGAACAUCUACAGCUGCCUUGGAAAGAAUGCAAUGACUUGAUUUUAUUUUAUUUGGACAUUUUGUUGGUAUUAUAAUAUUUACUCCAGCUAUUUAAUUCAUCAACAUGGGCCACAUUCCUAUUCAUGUUAACAAAAUGAAUAGAAAUGUACUCAACAUCAGUCCUGCAGUUAAAUAAAUGCAUAAAGGAGAAGGGAAGGUCUUUUCUGAAGUAAUUAUAAGUGGUUGGGCUGCUUUAUGUACAAACUGUAUUUGUUAAAGAAUGUCUGUGUGUAUUUCUUUUUUGGGGGGGAGGUUUGUGGUACAUAAAAAAAAAACAAUACUGCACUGUUUUUUGUUUUAAAAUCAGACAAGACGGUAAUGAUGCACGAUGUUUUGACGCUAACGUCUCCACCGGUGGCAUAAAUGGAAGGAGCUGUAGAUGUCUGUGUAUCUGCAUCUUUUGAACAAGCCAUCACUACAUCUGAUAUUUUUAUACCUGUUUUGAUAACUUUUGUUUUGAACCAUGUU